UUGAACUCAAAGCGAUCAUAAUUUGUGAAAUCGUAAUACACCUUGCUUCUCUUCUUUCUUCACCAAAAUCAUGUUGUUCAAAUUGUUGAACAUCUUUGUGGCACUCCUCCUGGUACAGGCUGCUUGGAGCGCUACUGAAGAUAUUGAAACAUCUCAAGAAGUCCAGUCCAACUUAGUAUCGUACUAUGAUCCGUACACCGGAACUGAACUAGACGUAGACACGAGCGAUUCCAUUCUUGCAAUGAUACAACAACGUUCGCUAUGUAAAGGUGAACAGAACGGUUAUAGCUGUUGCGUUGGUGUUCAUGUCAAAAAUAUGAAAGCUUCAUUAUGUGCAAAACUUGUCAACGGUAACAGUAACGACCCUAAGAUUGAGAUAACCGCAAACGGAAAAACGAUCUUCUCGCAUUCCGCGAAAGCGAACUUGCCUGAAAUGUGUGGUAACCUGUUCGAGGGAGUAAAAGUUUGCGAACAAACACAAGUGUCUGCUAAUAACAAUGGUUUACGAGUUUGCUCGAACAUCAGACUUAAAUACGCUAUGAUCUUUAAGGGUCACAUAAAAAUCCCAUGCUUUAAUAUUGGCAAACAUGGUAUCUCCGCGGGGAAAUAGAUUUCGAGCAGUAGAUUCUGGGCAAUCUGGAUUACCGCAACUACGAAACUACUACAGAACUGCAACUACAAAAAGGAAUUAAUAUCGGUGUAAAAUUAUAUAGUUAUUAUUAUGUUUAAAAUUGUUACAAUUUUAUUCGUUGAUUUAAAGAUUAAUUUGCAGUACUUAUUGUUAUCUUAUUACUAUAACGUAUAAUAAAGUUAAAUAAAAUCAGCAUAAUCAUA